AAAAAUUAUAGCUAUUCGUAUCUCCCGCAACGACUCACCCUAGCCAUUGGCGCCGCAAAACCCUACCAAAACCCUUGCUCUCUCGCUUUCUCCUCGGUUUGAUCUCUGUGUUCUUGAUGCGAUAUCAGCUCAACGCGAGCUUGGGACGCUUGCAAGUCUAACUCUUAGCCCUAAUUUCCCGGUAUUGGAGUUUGCAGGCUCUUUUUCUUCCUCUUCCUCCCCGGCCAAAACCUUUGAAAGCUUGGGAUAAUCCAGAAAAAAACUCGCUGAAAUGCCGCUUGGUCAGAGGGUUGGGGAUAAGAGCGACUCGCGCUACUGCGGUGUUGAGACAGAUUUUAUCGAUGACAUGCCCCAUGUCCUCACUCAUAACCUCUCCGGCGGCUUUGAUUUUGUUGUGGCUCCUUUGGUGGAUCCAAGUUAUAGACCUAGUUUCCCAACUAAUAGUGCCAGUGAAGGCUUUGUUCUCCCUGUUGCAGCUUCAGACUUGAUUGUGAGCCCUGCACAAUGGAGCAGUCACGUUGUUGGAAAAAUUAGCUCAUGGAUUGACUUGGAUUCAGAAGAUGAAAAACUUAGGAUGGAUUCUGAAACAGCUCUAAAGCAAGAGAUUUCAUGGGCUUCGCAUCUGUCUGUGCAGGCUUGCCUUUUGCCCCCUCCUAAGAAAGGGUGUUGCAGUAAUUACGCACGAUCUGUGAACCAGAUCUUGCAAGGUAUAACCAAUAUGCAGCUGUGGCUUAGGCUGCCACUGGUGAAGUCUGGCUCCAUAGAGAAUGAAUCGUUUGAUGAAAGUUAUGACUCUUUGAGUGGAAUACUUUAUGAUUCUUGGGAAACAUGGAACUCAUUUCGAUUGCUAUGUGAGCAUCACAUUCAGUUGUGCGUAGCUCUUGAUAUUCAGAGUUCACUUCCAUCAAUCAACUCUCUACUGCGCUGGUUUGGUGAGCCUGUUAGAGCAGCAAUCAUUCACACAGAUGCGUUUCUAACUAAUGCAAGGGGCUAUCCUUGCCUAUCAAAGCGGCAUCAAAAGCUAAUCAUAGCAUUCUUUGACUUUGGUUUUCAGAUUGUAAUCUCUGGUAGUUUGAUUCAUAGUAUUCCGCAAGGAAGGUUGGAAGUUUUUCCUGCCAAUGAUAAUGACAACCUGGGUGAAGGUGCACCUCUAACACAUGAGCUGAAGCCUUACCUGGAGUAUGUAGCUUACCUAUACCAAAGAAUGGAUCCUCUUCCUGAGCAAGAGCGUUUUGAGCUCAAUUACAGAGAUUUCCUGCAGGCUCCAUUACAGCCUCUCAUGGAUAAUCUCGAGGCUCAAACCUAUGAGACAUUUGAGAAAGACACAGUAAAAUAUAACCAGUACCAACGUGCAGUUUGUAAAGCUUUAUUAGAUCGAGUCUCUGAUGAGCAGGCUUCAUCAUCAAAUACGGUGCUAAUGGUUGUAGGAGCUGGAAGAGGGCCUCUAGUGCGUGCCUCUUUGCAGGCAGCUGAAGAAGUUGGCCGGAAAAUAAAGGUUUAUGCUGUGGAGAAGAAUCCAAAUGCUGUGGUGACACUUCAUAGUCUAAUCAAACUAGAGGGGUGGGAGAGCAUAGUUACUGUGAUUUCUUGUGAUAUGCGCUGCUGGGAUGCCCCUGAAAAGGCUGAUAUAUUGGUGAGUGAGUUGCUGGGCUCCUUUGGUGAUAAUGAACUUUCUCCUGAGUGCUUAGAUGGCGCACAAAGAUUUUUGAAACCUGAUGGCAUUUCCAUUCCUUCUUCGUAUACAAGUUAUCUCCAACCGAUUACCACUACAAAACUGUACAAUGAUGUGAAGGCAAAUAAGGACCUGGCACACAUGGAAACACCCUAUGUUGUAAAAUUGCAUAAAGUAGCUAGGCUUGCUCAGGCACAACCUGUGUUCACAUUUCAUCAUCCGGAAUUCUCUCCCAACAGAAGCAACCAGAGAUAUGUUAAGCUGGAAUUUGAGAUACCUCCUGAUACGGGGUCUACUUUGGUGCACGGAUUUGCUGGCUACUUCGGUGCAGUUUUAUAUGGGGAUAUUUAUCUUAGCAUAGAACCAUCAAAGCCAACACCUACUAUGUUCAGCUGGUUUCCCAUAUUCUUUCCAUUGCGGACGCCAGUUUAUGUACCUUCUGGUUCUCAUCUUGAAGUCCAGUUCUGGCGCUGCUGUGCUCCAGCUAAGGUCUGGUAUGAGUGGUGUGUGACAUCACCAAUUACUUUACCUGUGCACAAUGUUAAUGGUCGUUCCUAUUGGGUAGGUCUGUGAUUCCAUGAUUAAAAAGCUAAACUAAGACCCGGAUUUUUGGCUUCAAGUCUAUGAUGCCAAGGCCAUCAACCAUAGCUGUGAAAAAAAACCUCAACUUGCUCAGUUUUUGCUGUGCCAGUUUACCCCAAAGAUGUUAACUGGAUGACAUGAUGGAUUUUUCUUGGUAUGUGAGCUGACUCAUGCUUCGUUUGAAAUGACUUUCUUAUUGCUUCUUAAAGCUGCUUUCUAGUACAAAAAUUAAAAAAUUUAUACUA